UCGCGAAACACUGCAUCCCGAGUGUUCCCACGCCGCGCAUUUCGGUCACAUUCCGCAAGAUGGACCCAUUGAAAGCACCUGCCACCCCCGAGGACAUCGUGCAAUCACCACCCUCACCUCUCCUCUUCCACCUUCCUGCACAAGUUGUUAACCUAUCAAGGCCAACGGCACCAACUGCGAAGGAUCCACCUUUUUCGUCAACGUCAGUAAGUCCCUCACCAUUGCCAGCAAGCCUACAGGAAUUUGUAUGGCCAUCAUUGCAGGCAGCGACCAAAGCGCAGAGUCAACUGAAGUCCUCGCAACGCACAUGGAAAUCACAGUCGGCAGUCCAGAAACUGGCACCCGAUAUGCAACAGUCUUUUGAAAAGCCAUCUACUCCACAGUCAGCGUCGUCGUCACCCUUCCAGGAUCAGGGCGAGGUCGGCGACAAAAAUUCAAGAGAGCUGGAUGGAGUGGAGCAUCAGAGUGCUAGGGACAGCUCGAGCAAUCUGGACAACCCCGAAGUACCUCGGAAUGUGCAGGCUGCCGGAAAUGCGAAUGUCUCUGAGGCUCUGAAAAAUGUAAAUGGCAGUGUUGUUGCCUACAGGGAGUGGGAUCCUCAAAAUGGAAAUGAGAGAACUGCCUCCAACGCGAAUGACAGACUGUGGCAGACGAGCGACGGGAGAUCUUCAGCAUUCGAUAACACCAGUGGCCAAGAUGGGCAUGAAGUGAAACAGCUGCUGCUGAAUAAGGGGUUGGAGUCUAUGGGAGCAUUGACUCGAGCACUUCCUCGAUGAGAUAAGGGUACAGUUGCUGAAGGUCGGCUGCUGGUUACCAAAGUUGGUGGAUGCUAGAGAUUGUGGAUGGGAGAUACAUGUCAGCUGUGGAAGGGAGGGUGGAUAUGUGACAGCUAAGGUGCACGUCCACCGUACGCGUUACAUGCAGGUGUGGUUGACAUCCACCCUCCUGUCAAGUAAGCCGCCUGACAUGCACGCAUGCACCCACCUGUUGUGCACACGGUAAGGUGUUGGGAGUGCGGUGCGUAGGGUCGAUUUUCUAACCAAGUGGGACCCUGGCCAACCUCUUUCUCUGAGCCCAGUCAGCCCUACCUUGUUUCCCUGAAUAGAAUGUACGGUCAUUUUCCCUGCAUCUGGACUGAACAGUGAGCCAAGUGCGGUGCGUUCUAUUCGGGGGAAGGCCAUAGCUGCUUUUGCUACUCAUGAAGAGAAGCCUGAGCCAACUUAUCCUGAUCCUGUCCCAAAUGUUUGCGGGAUACUUCUCAAGGGCACUAUCAACGAGGUGUCAACUCCGUCUUUGUUGGGUUGAACGUUGAGUACUCUUCUCCCUAUUCUGGGAGAGAGCUGUGGAAGGUACAUCCUUUUCUUUUCUGUUUUCUCUUUUUUUAUGUGGCUACCAGUUGGGUGAAAUAUAUUUGAAUGUGUUUGCAUCACUGGUGGGAGAAUAGGGUCCAUGGGGUUGCAGUCAGCUGAGUUUGUGAGAAACUUAGAAUGUCUUUGCAUGUGUUCGCAUCGGUGGUGGGAGAAUAGGGUCUAGGGGGUUGCUGUCUGCUGAGCGUUGCAAAAUUAGACAGGUUGUGAAAGGGAUAUACCUGCAAUUUGCAGGUGGUUGAUCGCAGCAGUGGACGCUGAAUGUUCUUGGUCCUAGAGGGUUGUUGAGCCUGUUGUGCUCUUAAUUGUUCAUCACAUCAAUCAUCAUCAUCGUCAUCGUCUACGUCAUUGUUGUCGUCAUCAUCAUCAUCAACAGGAAGUGUCAGCUUGUGGAUAUUUUAGUUUCCGAAGUUGCAGACAGUGUGUCUGGUGUCCGCCCUCUCAAGGCUGUGUCACAGUGUGGUAUAUAUGUAAUAAUGUUUUAAGUCAGCAGAGAAUGUACGCAGUGUGCACUGCAUUCUCUGGUAACUUGGCAGGUCAAAGGCUUUGACCAGUCACACUAGAUAUGUUUGGAGUCCUUGGAUGUGCAGGCACGAUGCAUAAGUGCAGUAAGUGGCAGUGCUUGCUGCCAUCAUCAAGCUGGAAACUUCCUGUGUGCUACCUCAAAUAAUUUGAAGAUUCUGAACGUUGCAAGUUUAGUUCAAAUUUCAAACUAUAUGGUCACAUUUUCUUGCCCUAUUCUGCUAGUUGACCUGAACUUCAAAAUUGAGUGAGACACUGAGAAGACUACAAAGUUUGGAUUGCUUUAUUUUUCUCUGUUUUUUUAUGUUUAACCUCCAAUCCUUUUCUUCGAAUUUCCUUUUUAAGC